GUUGGGGGCAUUACACCACUUCUUAAAAACUGUUCCGAGUUAUACAGAACUGGUGGGCGACGCCAAACUAUUUAUGUAAUAACUUCUUUAAUUCGUGUUUAGUCCUCGACGGUAACAUAACAGUUCUAAGCCACCGACUGGACGGACGUGCUACAUCAUACAUAAGUAUAUGUAGUUUAUUUCCAUGCAAGUGAUUCAGUGGUAACACGAAAAUGGAGAAGCUCCUACUGGGGUUAAUACUGUCGAGUAUCAUGGCGACGAGUUUCGCCUAUAUACAGAUUGCUAGUAAAAAGCCACUAGGCACUCUGUACAGAUGGAAACAGAUUGACUACGCAUACCCCACACCACAAGCUCGUCAGGCAGCUAUCAGCACCGGACAAUUCAAUCAACUAAACGUAAUACCACUCGGAGUAGAACGUUGGAAGGAUCGCGUGUUCAUCAGCACUCCCCGAUGGAAGUCGGGUACUCCAGCCACGCUCUCAUCUGUGCCGAUUGGUGCGCAAACCGAAUCACCACCCUUGGAACCUUAUCCUAAUUGGAACUGGCACAAUGCAGAUAACUGCACGGGCUUCACAUCGGUAUUCCGGAUGGCCAUAGACCACUGUGGUGUUAUGUGGGUCCUUGAUUCUGGUCAGGUGGAUGCUUUUGAAGCACCACGUCAGCUCUGCCCACCUACAUUAUAUGCCAUUAAUCUAGCCACUGAUACAGUCAUUGGACGUUACCCCUUACCGAGCCAAUUUGUUCUUCAAAAUUCGUUGAUCACAAACAUCGUGGUAGAUUCCAGAGACGUCCGCUGCAGAGACUUACACGUUUAUAUCGCAGAUGCAUGGCGCUUCGGCCUGAUCGUAUUCAGAAAUGAAGACACGUCUUUUUGGCGAUUCGGUCACUAUAGUUUUUACCCUGAGCCACUGCUGUCGAACUAUACUUUACAUGGACUAAACUAUCAAUGGUCUGACGGUCUGUUUGGUAUGUCUCUCGGUAAGUACCACCAAGGCGACCGGCCGCUAUACUACCACUCUAUGUCGAGUUCCUUGGAAUUCGUGGUAAGUACGUCGGUAAUACGCGACCCGACGCGCGUGAGCAACUCCGUGGGCGAGUUCAAGCUGCUCGGCGACAGUCGCGGUGCGAACGGACAGGUCUCAGCCGCAGCCGUCGACCGCAACGGUGUAAUGUUCUUUAACCUCAUUUCGCUAGACAGUAUCGGAUGUUGGGACACACGCAAACCUUAUACAAACCGGAAUCUAGUGGUAGUAGCCCAGAACAAUAACACAAUGAUCUUUCCAAACGACUUACGAAUAGAUCACGAAGUACCACAAAUGGCGUGGAUUAUUACUAACAGGCUACCAAUGUAUCAGUUUAAUUUGAUUAAUCCUAAUGAUUACAAUUACCGUGUCAUGUAUUUAGAUCCAGUGGCAGCUGUUCAGAACAGCGUGUGUCAACCAGAAAUAAGUUUAAGUGAUAAUCAAGAUAUGAUGUAGUGGUUAUUAGAUAAGUUUACAUUCGUUUAUUUUGUAAAUAUGAAAUUUAAAUACAGUAUACAAACAAGUUUAUGAUUGUUUUCUUGUUUUAAGGCUUCUUCCAUAUUUUAUCUGCAUCUUUUCAAAACUUACAUUUUAUGCUUUUUGUGUUAUCACAGCUAUAUAUUUCAUUUACCAAUUAUAGACUCUUUACUAUUUACUAUGAACUUUAUUCAAUAUUUCAUUUUUUUUCUUCAUUUAACAGAUUACAUUGUGACGUGUUUUGUUCAGAUUCUUUGGGAAUAACUUCAUUGCCUUUGUCAACAGUGGUAGUGUUACUAGUCGUUGUUUCAGGGUCUAAGUUAUCCUCAUUCGACAUUAUACGCAAAGGUACUUCUUUGGCUUUGUUGUACUUGAAGACUUGUUUAUCUAUAAUUUCUUCUAUUAUCAUACCUUGUAUAAAAUAUUCUAUUUUCAUGCCUUGGUUUAAAUUUUCAUUUUUAUCUAUCAAAUUAUUAAUAGUAUCAUUACUAGAAAUUUUAAUGCCUGAAGAUUCUCUUUCCAUUUCUCGAUCUAUUUCGUUAUCAUCUCUUAAACUAACAGUCGCAAGUUCUCUCCAAUUUAAAUUGGAUUCUGGCUCGUCUUUGCAAGUUUUUUUGCUACUAUUUACGUCUUCAUUUGUUGUUUUGACUGAUAUUUCCAUGUCGAUACUAUUCUCAUUUGAUACUUUCCGAAACAUAAAAUUUUCUUCACUAUCUAAAUUAAAAAUUUGAGGAUAUUCUAAAUCUUUGCUGAUACUAUCAAUCAAAUCGCCAUCCGAGGAAGUGUGUGAUGUUUCACUACCAAAUAAAUGUCUUUCUUUCAAUUCAUUACCUACAAUAUUUACCAAAAACUCACCGUUGCAUUCUAUAUUUAAUAUCUGAGAUAGAGUAGACCUGUCAUUGAUUAAUUCAUCAAAUUCAUGGAUUAUUAAAUCAUCGGAGAUUUCUCUGCUGUUAUUAUUACUACUAUUACUAGUCAUAAUUUUAUUAUACACCAUAUUUUUGUACUCCUCCAAAAAUUUUAAAUUUGUCUCUCUAUUUUGAGUUUCCGUUUGUGUUACAAGCGCUAUAGAUUUUUCGCUAUCUUUACUUGGAAUUACUAACUGUGUAUUUUUCUCAUCGUCGUCAAUUUUAUUAUUUUGAUUAUUUAUUCCAUUUGGUCUCUCACUUUGAUUAAGAUUGUCAUUUAAUGAUUUAUUUGUGUUAUCUUCAGCUAAUACUUCGCUGACUUGCUCAGAAUUAUCUGUUUUGUUACUUAUUUCACUGUUUCUAAUUUGGAAUGGCAUUUUUACUUGCUCUUGUUUAUCAAAUUUUGAUUUUACUUUUGCUGCUUCUAUUAAUGGCGCAUGAUUUGAUUGUGAUACCUGUUCAGUAUUAAUGUCUGGUGAUGUUACUUUCUUCUUGCUUGGUUUUGGUUCAAGCUCCACUGAUAUUGAAAUUGUUUCAUGGGAUACAGUAGGCGUAUUUCGCUUUGUUUUGUGUUUAAAUUCGUCAGUUCCACCAUAACUGCGAACAGUUUUUAGCGGUGCAAUUACAGGUUCUGACUGGAGUUUUUCUGUUGCAGGUUUUUUCAUAAAUAUUUGUGGAUAAUCUCGCAAAUACGAAGCUGUAUUUCCUCUACUACUGCCUACAUUUUGAGGUGUGUCAGUAUCGUCUGAAUUUAUGGUGCACUCAAUAUUAUCACGAUGCCAUAAUGGAGGUACUACUGAGCUAAAUUUCUCGGGAUCAAUCAUAGACUCAGUUCCCUCUUUCUUCAUAUAAGCACUAACGCGUAACAACAUCAAAACGAUCUGUUCUAGAAUCCUGUCAGUAUCUCGAGGUAUUAUUAUUUCACUCCCAAACCAAUCUUCGUAGGCUCCGCUGUCGGACCAGCCCGUUGUUGAUGGUUUCAUGACGUCAGGCUCUGGCACAUCUUCUUCCACACUGGUGUCAGUAGAAUGUACCAUUCUCGAAGAUAAAUCAUGUUGCGGUCUUAAAUAUGUAUCAUUUGUAACGCACAACCUUUCUCCGUACCUGUUAAUGUACAAGUUAUUAAUUGCUAAAAACACUAAAUUAAAAAUAUAUAAUAGUAGAAAAAGUUAUUACAAGCUUGCGACUAAUUUUUUGCGGAGUUGGUCUUCUCCCAGCAGAGACUUUGUUCGUCUUCUUCGAACGGCCAGCUCCAGCCCGUAGUCAUUAUCGCUGGGGGGUAGGACGGCGGGAAAUGUUUUGAAUGCUGUUGCCACUUUAAGUGCAUGGUAGUA